AUGUCUUCUACCAAACCUCCAAAUGAAAAUGAAACACCCAAAGAGAGAAAACCAGGACUGAGGAGUGUUCGAACAACUAUGCUCUUCCUUUUUGAGCUUUUCUCUAAACCUAACAAACCUGUGAUGGCAUUUGGUCUCGUAGCAAUUACCCUCUGUGUGGCCUACCUUGGUUAUUUGCAUGCAACGGUAGAGAAUAAAGAGGACCUUUAUGAAGCAAUCGACAGUGAGGGGUCCAGGUAUAUGAGGAGGAAAACUUCCAAGUGGGACUGACAACGUAAGGAAGGAAAUCAGUAAAUCAGUCACAGGAAUUUUCAAGGCAACUACUUUUUUUUUUCCCUGUCCAUUGAAAUAAUGGAUAAAUGUCUCUCUUGCUGUUUAAUCCAAUUUAAGUUCCUUUAUAAAAUGCUGUGCCUGUACAAAUAAAUUGCAAUUAAGGUACAUGUGAACAC